UUAACGUAGUUUGUACAUGUGUCUAUACCAUGAGGUAGUUUCGUAAAUUACUGCAGAAACUGUCCGUAAGCUGACAAAUGUCAGAGAGGUUAACGUGUGAUAAUGCGAUAGUGAGUGCCGAAUGUAUAAUGACAUUGCAGUUAAAACAUGAACAGAUUAUUAAAUGAAAACGGAAUAACAUGUUAAUACUGAAGUUACGUGUAUUGAAUAAGUCCGGGAGACCUAUAAAUUAUGCACACUACCUCGUGUAUGACACAGAGCUGUUUAAAACAAUGAUCACUGAUCAUAAUCACAAAAAUGUACUGUAGAUAUAAAGUUUGUCACCUUAUGUAGUUGUAAACAACUCAAGAAACAGCAGACAUGGAUAAAAUUCAAUUAUGUGAAAGCUUGAUGAAGUGGCUACAAACCUUCGAUGUUGACGCACCACAUUCAACAGUGGAAGAAGUCAGUGAUGGUGUUGCAAUGGCUCAAGCAUUGGCACAGAUUGCACCUGAAUGGUUUACUGAGUCAUGGCUGUCAAAGAUCAAAACAGAUGCCGGUAGUAAUUGGCGACUUAAGGUCAGCAACUUGAAGAAAGUAAUUGAAGGCAUAGUGGAUUACUAUCAUGAUGUUCUUAAUCAACACCUUAGUGAUUUCAACAAGCCUGAUGUUGUCAGAAUUGGAGAAAAAUGUGAUGCUGCAGAGCUGGGGCGCUUGUUGCAGCUUAUUUUGGGAUGUGCAGUUAACUGCAACCAGAAGCAAGAAUAUAUAACCAAGAUAAUGAUGUUGGAGGAAUCAGUGCAACAGGUAAUAAUGCAGUCCAUUCAAGAGCUUGAGUCUGCUAGCCAGGCAAGUUUUGGUCCCGUUGCCGGAGUUGAACUAGAGGCAGAAGCUCAAAGGCUAGCUUUAGCUCUAGAGGUGGCUGCUGAGGCUCGUGACCAAAUGGCUCAAAGGUGCCAUGAACUUGACAUGCAGGUUACAUUACUGCAAGAGGAAAAAGCAAGUGUAUUAAAUGAAAACAAAAGGUUACAUGAGAGGUUGCGAGAGUUUGAAAUGUUGGAAGGCCCCAUGGCCGCUUCAGGUCACAAGUGCAAAGAAUUGCGUAAACAGGUUGAUGCCCUGAAGGAAGAAAUAUUUAAGUUGGAAACAUCACGAGAUGAUUUUAGAGCAAAAGUAGAAUUGCAAGAAAAAGAGCAUCUUGAGAUGCAAGCAAAGAUUGAGGACUUGCAGAAAAUGGCUGAUGAAGCACAACACCUGAAAGAUGAAGUUGACAUCUUGCGAGAAACAGCAGAUAUGGUUGGAAAAUAUGAAGCUACAAUAGAGUCAUAUAAGAAACGAUUGGAGGAAGUUGGUGAUCUUAGGAGACAAAUCAAAAUCCUUGAAGAAAAGAAUACUGACUACAUGCAGCAGAAUAUGGAGCUAGAGGAGGAGUUGAGGAAGAGUGGAACACUGAAGCAGCAGUUAGAAAUGUAUAAGAAACAAGUAGCAGAAUUAGAUGAAAAAUUAAUUGAGGAAACAAAAAGAGCCGAUAGAGUUGAAUUUGAAAGUAAAAAACUUCAAGAACGACUGCAUGCCCUCCAGAGGGAAAAUCAGAGGCUAAUCAUUGAGCGUGAUUCCCUGAAAGAGACAAAUGAGGAACUGAAGUGUUCACAACUGCAGCAGCGUGGAAACUGUACACCAGAUACUCUUCUAGUUGAAACUGUGCCUGAAAACAUGAUAGCUCCUGAAAUUAAGGAAAAACUUCUGAGGCUGCAGCAUGAAAACAAGAUGCUGAAACUGAAUCAGAGAGGUGACGAUGAUGAAAAAUUAUCAGUUGUGCAAGCAAUGCUUGAGGAUACGACAAAAAGAGUUUCACAGCUCCGAGCAGAUAAUAGACUUGCAAACCAGCGUAUUAUGGAGCUAGAAAGUCAGCUUGAGGAGGCACAUGAGCGUGAUGACAGUGGUGGAACUGGUUUACGGCACUGUGUCACCACACUCCAGGAACAACUGAGAGUCAUUCAGUCUGAGAAGGAACGAUUAGCAUCACAGCUUGAAGACCUUGAAUCUUCAAUUAAUGAGUACAAACGAAGGGAUGCAACAUUACAGGAUACAUUGCGCCGCAAAGAUCAGGAACUUCAGCAGCAGAAUGAAAGGUAUCGAAAAUAUGUAGAAAAAGCAAAAGAUGUCAUUAAGAUAAUGGACCCAAAGCAGAGUGUAGAUGCCACAGCCGAAGUUGCAGUUCUCCGUAGUCAGCUCCAAGACAAGGAAAAGAUCAUUGAGGACCUGGAGGAAGAGAAAGAACAAAAUAAAGUUUGCCAUGAAUUGGAGGAGAGACUUAUGACAUCAGCAUUUUAUAAACUUAGUUUGACUCUCCAAAGUGCAGCUGUAGACCACAGAAUUGCAGCCCUCAGUUCUGGACAGGGGCAAUCAUUCCUUGCAAGACAACGGCAAGCUAGCGGUCGGGGUGUUGUGCACAGCCUGGAGUCUCGCUGACUUUGAGCCAUGCCAUGGCAAAAAUAGGGUUGUGGUGGUCCUGAAUGUGAAAUAGUCAGAGUAACUUACGGACAAGCUGUAGAAAUUAUGAAGUUGUUAACUUGCUUCUGAAGCAACUUGUUUUCUUUUAAAAUAUCGUCCUUCAUUCUAGACUAUUUAUUUAAUAAGAAUCUAAAGCAGACUAGAUUUGUUACAGAGAUACAUGUCCAAAAUUCAACUUUUCUAUCUUUAUGGACAAAGCUUAUAAAAUUUCUUUAAGUCUUACCAGAAAUUGGGAUUAUUUAUGCUGAUGUGAUUCCUGUUAUUUUUGUUAUAGUUUUAAAUCUGAAGUCAUAUUGUAUUCCAAAGAGAUUCGUGUUAAUACCUUAUGAGCAUUGUUUGCCUUCUAAGGACCAACUUUAUACUGAUGGUUUCUUUUUACUCUGUGAUAAAACGUUUGGUUAUUGUGUUCAUGAAAUUUAUAAGGAACAAGUCAUAUAUGUGUGAAAAAUUGAUUAUUUUGAUAAUGUACAAAAUGUUUUAUGAAUUUGUAAUGUGUAUUUUAAUAGCCUAGUCACUCCACAAAAAGUGGAGAGUGUGACUUAUAAUGGAAGGCUGUUACUUCCGGUGUGCUUUGCUUUUUAUACUUAAUUGCUGAUUUCACAAAAUGUGGAAAAGGUGACUUAACAUUGGAUGAAUGUCACUGACAAGACACCAUGUUUUUUAUACUUAAUAACGUUACUCUCAUUAAGGCCAGUUUUUUAACAGACAUGCUCCUUCAUACAGUGCUGAAGAUGUGAAGAACAUGUACCCUGGCGUGUGGUUUCCGUGUGUGUGUGUGUGUGUGUGUGUGUGUGUGUGUGUGUGUGAGAGAGAGAGAGAGAGAGAGAGAGAGAGAGAGAGAGAGAGAGAGGGGGGGGGGGGGGGCUUCUUUUCAUGUAGUUCUUGGACAAUCAUUUUAAUGCUGGGAAUUUGUGCUAACCUAUUGAAGUUGGGGUAUUGAAUAAAACAGUGUGAAUCAUAAGUUGUGAAAAAGUGAACAUUGAUGUCUCUUCUCAGAGGUUUCUGAAGAAGGAAAAGUUGAGAUAAAGGUUUACUUGUUGUUAUAUGUACUAUAGUGUGGUAGUACUGUGUAUGGAUGGAAGUUCAUGCGAGGCAUGUAGUUAUCUUAGAAAAUGGGAGUAGAGAGAAAUACACAUACACCAAGAAUAAGCAAUACCAAAUACAUUGGAAAGUACAAUAAGGGGGCCAAUAAAGAUUUAACACCAUGGGAGACUUAUAAACAAAUUUUGAAGAAGUUGGUCAAAAUGCUAGGUUUAGUUGAUGUAAAGAAAUAUAGCUUGUAGAAAGAUAUAAACAUUAUCUGAGAUGCCAUAUAGGUAUGGCAAUAGGAAAAUAUAUGGUAUGAAAUAGAAUUUUACCAGUCUUAUUAUGAGAACAACGAGUCUACCCCUCUUUUCACCUUCAAAGGAAAAUGGUAUAGGCCUACACUUGAUAAUUCCACCCUUCCCCUGUCUUUAUUUCUGAAGCCAUACACAUGUUGUUUUAUUUUGUCUUUUAAUUUGUUGUUUGAUUGCAUAUAAUGCACUCAAAUUUUUCUGGUGUCGUAUCACAUCAUGGCUGUUGUGAGAUAAUUUUAACUUGAUAGAGAUGCACCAAUGAUUUACAUAUGUUAUGAUUAACUGAUGUUGCCAUUCUUCAUACAUUCUCUUGUAUGAAGUAUUUAAUGUGCUGAGGAUGAUU